AGCAGCCUUCCGGGACGCAGCUGCAGCCUGUAUCAGCCUGUGUCAGGGCUUUGCGCUGCGCUGCUGCAUUUUCAUUUCGUCCAGCGGACAAAAACCGACUGCGAGCUCCAACCUCGGAUCUCUUACACUGAUGUCUAAGAGGCAACAUGACAUCUCCUAAGCAGUGGCUGCUGGUCGGGUUUGCGCUUCUGUGCAUUUGUGGAUCCGUUGAAUCGAAAAGGAAUUUCAAAUGCCCUUCAGGAUGCUCCUGCUCCAAGGAGACCAUCAUCUGCGUCGGUACCUCACAGAUCCCCAGGACUAUACCGAAUGAGAUCAACUCCCUAAGCAUGGUCAAUGGAUCCAUUGCAGAAAUCACAGAGGGGAUGUUUUCACUGAUGCCUUCUCUUCAGCUGUUACUUCUAAAUGCAAAUUCUCUGACCACAAUCAAAGACGAUGCCUUCUCUGGUCUGCCUCAUCUAGAGUAUCUAUUCAUUGAGGGGAACAAGAUUGAAACAGUCACCAAAAAUGCCUUUCGCGGCCUACGAGGUUUGACUCAUCUCUCCCUUGCAAAUAACAAGAUGAGGUUUCUGCCAAGAGAUCUCUUUUUUGACUUGGAUUCGUUGCUGGAACUGGAUCUGCGGGGCAACUCUUUCCAGUGCAGUUGUGAGAACAAGUGGCUGAUGACGUGGCUGAAAAACACAAAUGCCACAGUGUCAGAUGUCUUCUGCGCCGGCCCCAAUGACAUGAAGGGCAAGCGGCUCAAUGACCUUCCUAUUCCGCCAGGCGAAUGUAUUUCUACAGACUUUGUGCGUCAUCAGUCCAUUCCCAUUCAGUCCAUGUCAGCAGACAUCUUCUCCUUUAAAGAGGACAUCUACGUGGCGAUGGCCGCCCCCAACACCAACAGCUGCGUGGUCAUGGAGUGGGAUCACAUCGAAAUGAAUUUCAGGAAGUUUGAUAACAUAACAGGGAAAUCUGUUGUUGGAUGCAAGUCAGUGCUGGUUGAAAACCACGUAUUGAUAAUUGUCACUCAGCUUUUUGGCGGCUCCCACAUUUACAAGUUUGAUGAUCAACAAAACAAAUUCACCAAGUUUCAAACUAUUGAGGUGUUCAACAUCUCGAAGCCAAAUGAUAUUGAGGUCUUUGAGAUGGAAGGUGAUUGGUAUUUUGUGAUCGUGGACAGCUCCAAGGCGGGACUGUCCACUCUCUACAAGUGGACUGACCAACCGGAUCGCAAUGAGACUGGUUUCUACUCCUACCAGUUCCUCCAUGAAUGGUUCCGGGACACAGAUGCUGAGUUUGUGGAGGUGGACGGAAAGUCUCACCUCAUCUUAGCCAGUCGCUCUCAGCCGCCUGUCAUCUACCUGUGGAACAAGAGCACAAUGAAGUUCAUACUUCACGGCGAAAUCCCAAAUGUGGAUGAUGUGGUGGCGAUCAAAGCCUUUCGGGUGGAGGGUGAGAUGUACCUGGCCAUGACUUGCUACAUCGGUGACUCCAAAGUCCUCAAGUGGACCAGUAAGCAGUUCACUGAGGUGCAGCCUCUUCCCUCCCGAGGAGCCAUGAUCCUCCAGCCCUUCACCUUCGCAGACAGACACUAUCUGGCUCUUGGCAGUGAUUAUUCCUUCACACAGAUCUACCUCUGGGACGGGGAGACAAAAACAUUUCACAAGUUCAAGGACAUCUAUGUGCAGUCACCUCGCUCAUUCACUGUAGUGACCACUGACCGGAGGAGUUUCAUCUUCUCCUCCAGCUUCAAGGGCAAAUCAAUGGUUUUCGAGCAUAUAUUUGUAGACUUAAGCUUGUAAUACUAAACAGAAUCUCUACUGAUAGACAAUAUGUGUUGGUCACCCAGAUCGAUAAUGUGUGUAUGCUAUAAAGGAGUCUCAGAUGCUGUAUAUUUUCCUUAUGCAACUAGAUAUAACCUUCUUGGUUUGAGACAAAAGUUUGUUGCCAAGUUUCUGCAAGGUUUAUGCAUUUCUAGCAAAUCUGCAAAUAUGAUCAAUGUUAGACCACAAGUAGUUUAUUUUAAGCUGAAGGUUGACAGAAAUAUAGAACAUUUGCAACCUUUGAAAUGAAACCGCAUGAAGAUGAUUUUAUGACAAACUAGACAUAUCCUUAAAAGGCCUUGGCUUUUAUUGUAAUUCUAUCAAACAAAGAGGUAGGGAGUGUCCAUUGGCAUAUCCAUUAAAGAUUUUACAAAUUAAAAGCCUUAUUUAAUGCUUAAAUAUAUGAUUCGUUUUGAUGCACCAGUGAACUUGAUGCAAAUUUAGUGGUUCCUAUUGCCUCAAAGAAAGAAAGAAAAUCUGAAAUGCUAUUCAGUCCAUGGUCCCUCACCACUCUACAUUGAACAAAACUUAACAAAAAACUUAUUUUAGUGACUUCUCAAGGUGUCAGUCAGCUCAAACUAUACUUAGAAUAAUGUAUUGUCUGAACAGGGCUAAAGCUGCACUUAAGGACAGGGUGAAUAACGCGCUGAAAUGUGAUAAUCGUUUAAAAACAGGGACAACAAUGCACACUUUUUCACCCUUUGCCUGAAAGCGUACCUGGAAAUUCAUCAUAGAGCUGUAUGCACGAAAUUUUGCAGAAGUAAUAGUGAGAGAAAAUGAAAAAAAGGGAGCUCAAACCUUUCUUACUCACUUACUGUUAUAUCACACCUCGUGUUCUGGCUUAACUGUUGGUUUGUCGGUUUCAGAAAAUUCCAAAAACUGUCGCAUGUAGCCCAGUAAAUUGGAUAUUGGAAGAUUGUGUGUGGAGUAAGUUUCUGUCAAACUGUCAAACUGCUCUGCUCAAAACUCUUGAGGUGAAGCAAUUAGUUUGAAAGAGCGGAAGCAUCGUCAGAGCAGCCAGCAGAAAUUUUGAAGCCAUCUAAUCCCACUAAUUGCUAUGACUGAUUAUUUAAAAAUGCAUGACCCGGAGGUUUUCUUCUUUACCAAAAAUACAGCAAAAUGUAUCAGAUAAAAAUGAUGAGCUUAAAGACUAACAACACAUUUAUAACAAGCUACCGUAAGAUUUAUGCUACUGAGUGCCUCAUUAAUAGCAAAAUAGGAUGUUAUAAUUUACUCCUGACUCCUAUGCAAAAUGUGUAAUACUAGGUGUUGGUCCUGAAUUACAAUCACAAGGUGAGUCGUGUACUGCUAUAAUAUAACUUGGAAUGCUUUUUAGGAGACAUUUUCAUUAAGCCACAAUGUGUGCUCUUUUCUUUACUGAUCUUUUUGAUAUUUUCCAUCUAUUGUACAGAUUUAUUUAUAGAUUUAUUUUCACACAUAACAAUGCCAUGUUAUGCCAGUUAGGCCAUGGUCUGUGUAGACUGUCAAUUAGAUGAAACAUAUGCUAACUAGUGGAAGCAAUAUUGUUUUGUUAGCUUUUCAGAUUUCUUGGACAAAAAAUAUUAUAAUCUUUCCAUCUAUGCUGAUGUUCUACAUAGCGAUGAUGUAUAUUUCCACUCUAUUACCCUAAAGCAAUGACGAGGAACUGAUCUUUUACACAUCAACAACCUAUAUGUAAAAACAGGUUUGUGGAAAUGCAUUAAAGAACAUUUAACCAAA